AUCAUUCAGCCUACACAGCUUUCGCAUCCAUACACACAAACCUUACUGAGCGAGCAUACCUAAGCUAGCACCAUGGAGGCGGCUCUCGUGAGUGCAGCGACGGGGGCCUUGAAGCCCGUCCUCGGGAAGCUGGCCACCCUUUUGGGUAACGAGUACAAGCAUUUCAAGGGCGUACACGGUGAGAUCAAAUCGCUCUCUAGCGAACUCACCGCCAUGGAGGCGUUUCUUUUGAAUAUGUCGGAGGAGGAGGAUCCUAAUGUUCAAGAUAAGGUGUGGAUGAAUGAGGUCCGGGAGCUCUCCUAUGAUAUGGAGGACUCCAUCGACGACUUCAUGCAAAGUAUUGGCAGCGAAGAUACAAAGCCAGAUGGCUUUUUGGAGAAGAUGAAAAAUUCGUUGGGAAAGUUGGGGAAGAUGAAGGCUCGUCGCCGGAUCAGCUACGAGAUCGGGGAUCUGAAGAAACAAGUCAUCGAAGUGGCUGAGAGGACUGCAAGGUACAAGGCCCGUGAGGCCUUCUCCAAAGCCAAGAAUACAACCAUUGAUCCUAGAGCUCUUGCUAUCUUUAAGCAUGCCUCUGAGCUUGUCGGAAUUGAUGAACCCAAGGCUGAGGUAAUUAAACUGUUGACUCAAGGUGUGUCAACACAAGAGAAAAUGAAGUUGGUAUCCAUAGUAGGAUCCGGUGGAAUGGGCAAGACAACUCUUGCAAAUCAAGUGUAUGAAGACCUUAAAAGAGAAUUCCAAUAUCGGGCCUUCAUAUCUGUGUCGAGAAAUCCGGACAUGAUGAAUAUCAUGAGAACUAUUUUUAGUGAAGUCAGUGGGAAAAAUUAUACUAACACUGAAGCAGGUAGUAUACAACAACUCAUUAGCAAGAUCGCCGAUUUCCUGGCAGACAAAAGGUAUUUUGUUGUUGUUGAUGACAUAUGGGAUGUGGGUACAUGGAAUGUUAUUAAGCUUGCAUUUCCCAUGACUAGUUCUGGCAGUAUCGUAAUCACCACUACACGUAUAAAUGAUGUUGCUGAAUCAUGUUGUUCAACACCAUUUAGUGGAGAUAUAUAUUGCAUAAGGCCUCUUGACAUGGUGCACUCUAGGAAGUUAUUUUACACAAGACUAUUCAACACCGAAGAAAAUUGCCCCUCAUACCUUAAAAAUGUUUGUGAGCAUAUUUUAAAAAAAUGUGCUGGGUUGCCUUUGGCAAUUAUUGCUAUAUCUGGUUUGUUGGCUAAUACUGAGAGGGCAGAGGGUCCAUGGAAGCAAGUUGAAGAUUCAAUUGGCCGAGCACUUGAAAGAAAUCCUAGUGUUGAAGGAAUGAUGAAGAUAUUGGCACUUAGUUACUUCAAUUUGCCUGCUCAUCUAAAAUCUUGUUUGUUAUGUUUUAGUAUAUUCCCUGAAGAUUCUGUUAUUGAGAAGAAAGUUUUGAUAAAUAGGUGGAUUGCUGAAAGAUUAAUUCAUGCAGAAGCCGGGUAUAGUACAACAUAUCAGUUUGGAGAAAGGUGUUUUAAUGAGCUCAUCAAUAGGAGUUUAAUCCAACCUUGGGUGACAGGUAAGUUUGGUACGGUUAAGAGUUGUCGGCUUCAUGACAUAAUUCUUGAUUUCAUCAUAUCCAAAUCCAUCGAAGAAAACUUUGUUACUUUGGUUGGUGUUCCUACUAUAACUGUUGGGACACAAAGCAAAGUUCGUCGGCUCUCCCUGCAAGCUGGCAAUCAAAAAGAACUGAUAGUGCCAAGAGGCUUGGUGUUGUCUCAUGUCCGGUCACUUGAUGUGUUUGGGAUAUCAGUGAAAAUCCCUUCUAUGGAUAAGUUUAGACAUUUGCGUUUUCUGGACUUUGAAGAUUGCGAACAGCUGGAGAACCAUCAUCUUGAAAAUAUCGGGAGGUUGUUUCAGCUGAGGUACCUGAGCCUCCGAGGAGCGGGAAAAGUAAGUAAGCUCCCAGAACAAAUCGGACAUCUAUGGUGCUUAGAGAUACUGGAUUUGAGAUUCACCUCUGUUUGUGAGUUACCACCAUCUAUUGUCAAUCUCAAGAGAUUGGUGCACCUAUUAGUCAAGGAUGAUGUAACAUUUCCCUGUGGAAUUUCCAAGCUCCAAGCGUUAGAGAAAUUGAAGCGUGUCCGCGUCUCUAGCCAGUCAUCAAACUUAUUACAAGAACUUGGGCAGCUGCAGAGUCUGAAGGCAUUGGCCCUUAAUUUUUAUGAUCCUAUUAUCAGUGAUCAAGUGAACCUUGAAAAUGAAAUGAAGAAGGCCAUUAUUGUCUCUUCCCUUAAAAACCUAGGGAGCCUUCUCUCUCUAGCUGUUUGCUGUCACUCCGAAUUAGUAGGGGAAUCUUUGUGCCCUAUGGCACUUAGCCUCCGGAAGUUUGAUAUUGUGUUAAGUAUUGCCCAUGUUCCAAAGUGGGUGGGCUCCCUUAUUAACCUCCAGAAAUUAUGGUUUAGCUUGGUCGGAGCUGGGCAGAAAGAUUUCUAUAUCCUUGGAAGCUUACCUGUUCUGCGCGUCCUGAGUCUGAUCAUUGAUGAAAGUAAAAGUAGAAAUACUCCUUCAACAGAAGAGCCAGAUGUUACAAGGAUCAUAGUCUCUGGUGAAGUUGGAUUCCCAUACUUGAGGAAAUUUAAUUAUCAUGUUCCGUUUGCUGGGAUGAAUUUGACCUUUGCGGCUGGAGGCAUGACCAAGGUAGAAGAGCUCUUGAUAGUAAUUAACGAAGAUAAAACUACCGGUGAUUUUUAUCUCGGAAUCGAAAAUCUCCCCAGCCUCGUUGCCAUCACAUGUAUAGUAUUCGGGAUCCUUAACAGCAGGGAUGUCCCUGCAAAGUUUGCCAUUCGGGAAGCAGCCAACGCACAUCCCAAUCACCCUACUCUAGUCUUUGACUGAUAAUGUGUUGCCGUAAUCAAUCGAGCUCAGUGAACAAUUUCAAUUAGGCUGCAAUUCCAAAGGUUCAUAUCAUCAUUGCAUUUCUGAGACCGAACACAUGGAUCAUGGAUGGAUCUGCCUCCCCGCAGUGAAGUACAUGUUUUCUACAUAUACCACUGUCAAAAUUUGAUGGAUUAGCACACGCGGUGCUGGUGAAAGCAGAGAUGGAGAGGGUGCUGUUGAUGGUGAAGGCCUGAAAGGACAGCCAGAAGAGCAAGGCCGGCAACAGGGCCUAGCACAUAAGCAGAAGAUGUCGUCGAUCAUGUCGUGUGGUUGGAGAAGACCAAGAACCUGGAUGGCCGUCGUGGAGAAGCUCCGAACACGAGAGGUCUGGACACUGACUCUGAACCUUGCCUUCCUGGCGGGCCCUUUAGUUGCAAAAUUCAGAUUCAGAGUAUCUCGUCAUCAGGAUAUGUGUGACAAAAUCAUGGAGAAACCGGAGAAGAAGGCAGAGUACGAAGAUGCGGAACCACGCCGCGACGAUGCAGAACAAGGAGACAGAGGAGGAGAGAGGACUGCCGUGGGGGCAAGGCGGCAGGGGAGAUGAUCAGGUGCCGGGAAACAACGGCCGCCAGGCACAGGUUCAAAGGGACCCUGCCCGCUGACAAAAUGCUUGGGCUGAGCACCCAGCACGCACAGAUAGAUUACGACCUGGAUAAUCGCGGUGUUCUUCAACGUUGGAAAAAGAAGUGGAUCGUCGAUAAUUCGUUUUGAACGUCGAUUGUAAUCUUCAAUCGUUGAUGUAUUAUAUUUGGACGAAUGAAUUCCAGUUUUUACCACUAAUUAGAACAUUUUCACGCUAAUUACCAUUUACCCCAUA